AUGGCGACCAAGAUUAUUCUUGUUACCGGAGCCAACACAGGUCUUGGGCUCGAGAUUGUCAAAGCCCUGUGUGGUUCCAUCGCACAAUACGAGAUACUGCUUGGUGGAAGAUCUCUCGACAAGGUAAAGGCAGCGGUGUCCGAGAUUGUGACAAGCUUUCCAAGCGCUGAGGGCCGUGUCACUGCAAUCCAAGUAGAUGUGGAAGAUGAUGACUCGAUAGCUGCCGCCUUCGACACGGUCAAGAACAAGUACACGCCAAUAGACUCCUCCAGGAAUGAUAAGCCAACUGUCGUUGAAAUUAUACUGGGAUCAAACAUAACAUGA